GUUCCUCCGCAUGUCAUUCGACGCUGGCGGCUGUGUGAGAAGCUAUUACUGACGCAGACGCGCUAAGAGUAUCCGUUCUCAAGAGCAUGAAGCCUGUUAUUGUUGUCCAUGGAGGUGCUGGCACUAUCGUCAAGGAAUAUGAAGAAGGAUAUCGUACUGGAGUGAAAAGAGCAGCAUUAAAAGGCUAUGAUUGCUUGAGGCAAAAAGGCGCGGCCUUGACUGCAGUGGAGGAAGCUGUGGUUGUGCUGGAAAAUGAUCCACACUUUAAUGCAGGUUAUGGGUCUGUCCUGAAUGAAGAGGGAGAUGUUGAGAUGGAUGCAAUAAUCAUGGAUGGGAGAAAUUUAAUGUCAGGUGCUGUGUCUGCUGUCAGAUGCAUAGCUAACCCAAUAACACUUGCCCGUCUGGUUAUGGAAAAGACAGACCACAUGCUGUUGACAUGUAAAGGGGCCUCCCUAUUUGCAAAGGCACAAGGUAUUCCUGAAAUCCCCAAUGAAAAAUUAAUUACUGAGCGCUCCAGGGAGAGAUGGAAGACAAAUCUUCAUCCUGGCUCCAAUCCGGUGGUGUCACAGAUUGGUCUGGGAACAGUAGGAGCUGUGGCCAUUGACAGUGAAGGAAAUGUGGCAUGUGCUACAUCUACUGGUGGACUAACGAAUAAAAUGAUUGGGCGUGUUGGUGAUACAGCAUGUAUAGGCAGCGGGGGAUAUGCUGAUAAUGCCUUUGGGGCAGUAUCUACUACUGGACAUGGGGAAAGCAUUAUGAAGGUGACUCUUGCAAGGUUGAUAAUAAAUCAUAUGGAACAAGGAAUGUCCCCCGAAGAAGCUGCAGAGGCAGGACUAAAGUACAUGAAGACGAGAGUGAAUGGCCUUGGAGGAGUCAUUGUUGUCAAUAGUUCAGGAGACUGGACAGCCAAGUUCUCCACUAAACAGAUGACAUGGGCUGCAGUUCAAGAUGAUCAGCUACAGGUCGGAGUGUACCAUGGAGAGAAGGACACUAUGCCUGUCGGUUAAAGCAGCCUGGUGUUGAUGUUCAUUAUUAAUUAUAUAAGUGGUCCAACAAUGACAGUACAUUAAAUUACAUAAAAUUAAUAAAUGGUUAAAUUCUUUGUCUUAACAGGGGCAUUGAUCUUAUUUCCGAAACAAAGAAGGUAAAUUGUUGGUGAUUUUUUUUAUGUGAUUAAGAUGUCCUAGAAAUGUGACAGUAACCAAGCCUAUAAAGCUACAUGAUUAAAAUUAGGUGUUUUAUAUAAUCAUGGGAUUCGGGGAAUGACUUUUACAUAUUGGUGUGUGCUGUGAACCAUAAACAUCACAGCGACAUUGUUGAUUAUCGUAGAAUAUAAAACAAGGCAGCAGUAAAUCUAAUACAUAUUUUUAUUAACAUUAAAAUAACCAGCAAGCUGUUGGUAUUGUACUGGCGUAUUAAAAUAAGAAAUAUAUUUCAAUUAGAAACCCAUCAUAUGCGCAUAUUAUGGGAGCAGUCAUUUUUGCUGUAUGACUUUUGAAGCAUUAAUAAUUUUUCCGUUAAACAUCUGUAUCAAGUUUGCACUGAUAACAUGUUAUUUAUAGAUUCACAGUGAAAAAUUAAAUCAU